AUGACUACAUCCCAACCAUUUCUUCCUUCUUUUUCAAUUUCUAUAGAAAUUCUUCCAUCACAUCAUUCAUUUUUCUUUCUAUUUCUUCCAUCUUAUCACAUCAUUUUUUAUCUUUCUAUUUCUUCCAUCUUAUCACAUCAUUCUUUUUCUUUCUAUUUCUUACAUCUUAUCACAUCAUUCCUUUUUCUUUCUAUUUCUUUUAUCACAUCAUUCCUUUUUCUUUCUAUUUCUUUUAUCACAUCAUUCCUUUAUCUUUCUAUUUCUUCCAUCUUAUCACAUCAUUACUUUAUCUUUCUAUUUCUUCCAUCACAUCAUUCCUUUUUCUUUCUAUUUCUUCCAUCUUAUCACAUCUUUCCUUUAUUUUUCUAUUUCUUCCAUCUUAUCACAUCAUUCUUUUUCUUUCUAUUUCUUCCAUCUUAUCACAUCAUUCUUUUAUCUUUCUGUUUCUUCCAUCACAUCCUUUCUUUAUCUUUCUAUUUCUUCCAUCACAUCAUUAUUUUUCUUUCUAUUUCUUCCAUCUCAUCACAUCAUUCCUUUAUCAGUCUAUUUCUUUCAUCACAUCAUUAUUUUUCUUUCUAUUUCUUCCAACUUAUCACAUCAUUCUUUUAUCUUUCUAUUUCUUCCAUCACAUCAUUCCUUUUUCUUUCUAUUUCUUUCAUCACAUCAUUCCUUUUUCUUUCUAUUUCUUACAUCUUAUUACAUCAUUACUUUAUGUUUCUAUUUCAUCCAACUUAUCACAUCCUUCCUUUCUCUUUCUAUUUCUUUCAUCUUAUCACAUCAUUCUUUUUCUUUCUAUUUCUUCCAUCUUAUUACAUCAUUCUUUUAUCUUUCUAUUUCUUCCAUCACAUCAUUCCUUUAUCUUUCUAUUUCUUCCAUCUUAUCACAUCAUUCUUUUUCUUUCUAUUUCUUCCAUCUUAUCACAUCAUUCCUUUAUCUUUCUAUUUCUUCCAUCUUAUCACAUCACAUCAUUCCUUUAUCUCUCUAUUUCUUCCAUCACAUCAUUCCUUUUUCUUUCUAUUUCUUCCAUCUUAUCACAUCAUUCCUUUAUCUUUCUUUCUUCCAUCACAUCAUUCCUUUUUCUUUCUAUUUCUUACAUCUUAUCACAUCAUUUUUUAUCUUUCUAUUUCUUCCAUCUCAUCACAUCAUUCCGUUAUCUUUCUAUUUCUUCCAUCACAUCAUUCCUUUAUCUUUCUAUUUCUUACAUCUUAUCACAUCAUUCCUUUAUCUUUCUAUUUCUUCCAUCUUAUCACAUCAUUCCUUUAUCUUUCUAUUUCUUCCAUCUUAUCACAUCAUUCCUUUAUCUUUCUAUUUCUUCCAUCUUAUCACAUCAUUCCUUUAUCUUUCUAUUUCUUCCAUCUUAUCACAUCAUUCCUUUAUCUUUCUAUUUCUUCCAUCUUAUCACAUCAUUCCUUUAUCUUUCUAUUUCUUCCAUCUUAUCACAUCAUUCCUUUAUCUUUCUAUUUCUUCCAUCUUAUCACAUCAUUCCUUUAUCUUUCUAUUUCUUCCAUCUUAUCACAUCAUUCCUUUAUCUUUCUAUUUCUUACAUCUUAUCACAUCAUUCCUUUAUCUUUCUAUUUCUUCCAUCUUAUCACAUCAUUCCUUUAUCUUUCUAUUUCUUCCAUCUUAUCACAUCAUUCCUUUAUCUUUCUAUUUCUUCCAUCUUAUCACAUCAUUCCUUUAUCUUUCUAUUUCUUCCAUCUUAUCACAUCAUUUCUUUAUCUUUCUAUUUCUUCCAUCUUAUCACAUCAUUCCUUUAUCUUUUCUAUUUCUUCCAUCUCAUAUCUUCCGUUUCUUCCAUCCAUCAUUUCCUUUAUCUUUCUAUUUCUUGAAGAUCUUAUCACAUCAUUCCUUUAUCUUUCUCAUUUCUUCCAUCUUAUCAUUUCCUUUAUCUUUCUAUUUCUUCCAUCUUAUCACAUCAUUUCUUUAUCUUUCUAUUUCUUCCAUCUUAUCACAUCAUUCCUUUAUCUUUCUAUUUCUUCCAUCUCAUCACAUCUUUCCUUUAUCUUUCUAUUUCUUCCAUCUUAUCACAUCAUUCUUUUUCUUUCUAUUUCUUCCAUCUUAUCACUUGUGCAGGUCUCCGUCCAUCAGAAUUAA